AAAUUCAAUGGCGUUCCGAGACAGAACACAAUCACACAAAACCCAGAAAUUUCAACUUAGCGUUUUUCUUUGAUUCUUCCAUCCAUGAAUUUCCAUGAAAUUCAUCUUACUCUUCAAUAAUUACCAUUAUUUGUCGAUAACGAACAUCGAAGACGAAGAGGAGGACGAAGGAGAUGGUGACGCGUGUGAUCAUGGAGGAUGACGAUUCUGUCUCGUUUAGCUUCGUCUAUUUCCUAAUCUUCGUCAUCGUUACCGCCAUAGCAGUCGCCGGAGAUUCUCUGGACAGUGACAGAGAAGUCCUGUUGAGUUUGAAAUUGUAUCUCGAGGCUAUGAACCCGAUGAACCGAGGAAAGUACUCUCAAUGGAACAAUGAGAACCAGGAUGUCUGUCUUUGGCAAGGCAUUACUUGCGAUGGAAGUAGAGUCACCGGUGUCAACCUGAGCGAUUGCGUGAUUUCCGGUUAUCUCUUUGGAAACUUCUCGGCCUUAACGCAGCUGACAUAUCUCGAUCUAUCCAUGAACACGAUCAAGGGCUCAAUUCCUGAGGACCUGAGCCGUUGUCAGAACCUAAGGCAUCUGAAUCUUUCUCAUAAUAUUCUUGAAGGAGAGCUAAAGUUGUCUGGUUUGGCAAAUCUCGAGGUUCUUGAUCUGUCAUUGAAUAGGGUUGCGGGCGAUAUCGGUUAUAGUUUCCCGUCAAUCUGCAACAAGUUGGUCGUUGCCAAUCUUUCGACGAAUAACUUCACGGGUAGAAUUGAUAAUAUCUUUGAUGGGUGUCGGAAUCUGAAGUAUGUCGACUUUAGCUCCAAUAGGUUCAGUGGAGAGGUCUGGCAUGGUUUUGGGAGGCUGAUACAGUUUUCAGUUUCCGAGAACAAUCUUACCGGGAAUAUUCCGGCCACAGUUUUCAGGGGUAACUGCACUUUGGAAAUCUUGGAUUUGUCGGAGAAUGAAUUCAGCGGGGAAUUCCCGGGUCAAGUUUCGCAUUGUCAGAACCUGAAGGUUUUUAACCUGUGGGGAAACACGUUCACAGGCCAGAUCCCGCCCGAGAUAGGCUCAAUAAAGUCUCUUAGAGGUUUAUAUCUGGGAAAAAACGGUUUCUCAAGAAACAUCCCAGAGACUCUCUUGAACUUGACCAACUUGGUGUUUCUGGAUUUGAGCAAGAAUGAGUUUGGAGGAGACAUUCAAAGUAUAUUUGGGAGAUUCACUUGGGUGAAAUAUCUCGUUCUGCACGGGAACUCAUACGUUGGAGGCCUCUACACUUCCAACAUCCUCACUUUACCUAAUCUUUCCCGGCUUGAUCUGAGCUACAACAAUUUUACCGGCCCCUUACCCGUCGAAGUCUCUCAGAUGCAGAAUUUGAAGUUCUUGAUUCUUGCGUAUAAUCAAUUUGAUGGUUCUAUACCACAGGAAUAUGGUAAUAUAUCGGGGCUUCAAGCGCUUGAUCUCUCCUUUAAUAGGCUGAAUGGAUCCAUACCAGCUUCGUUCGGGAACUUGACCUCUCUCUUGUGGCUAAUGCUUGCAAACAACUCUCUAUCGGGUGAAAUUCCUCGAGAGCUCGGUAACUGCAGAAGCCUUUUGUGGUUGAACUUGGCAAAUAACCAGUUCUCUGGUGGACUUUCACCUGAAUUGACAAACAUGGGCAGCAAUCCUUUUCCGACAUUCGAAGUGAACCGGCAAAAUACUGACAAGAUCAUCGCGGGUUCUGGCGAGUGCUUGGCUAUGAAGAGAUGGAUUCCAGCAGAGUUCCCACCUUUCAAAUUUGUAUAUGCAAUUCUUACAAGAAAGAGCUGCAGAAGCCUAUGGGAUCAUGUUCUCAAAGGGUACGGUCUCUUCCCUGUAUGUUCCACAGGUUCCACAUUGCGCACGUUUCAAAUCUCGGGUUAUCUUCAGCUCAGUGGAAAUAAGCUUACUGGUGAAGUUCCUCGAGGUAUCUCUGGUAUGAAGACAUUGAGUAUGCUGCAUUUGGGUUUCAAUGAGUUUGAUGGGAAACUGCCUCCGGAGAUAGGAAACUUGCCGCUCGCGGUCCUCAAUCUCACCCGAAAUAAUUUCUCGGGUCAGAUUCCAGAAGAAAUCGGGAAUCUAAUGUGUCUGCAGAAUCUUGAUUUGUCAUACAACAAUUUCUCAGGAAACUUCCCUUCGAGUCUGAAUAACUUGGCUGAGCUGAGUAAGUUCAACAUCUCUUACAACCCUCUCAUUUCAGGUGUGGUUCCAUCGACGGGGCAACUUGUAACAUUUGAGAAAGACUCAUUUCUUGGAGAUCCACUGCUGCGGCUUCCCAGUUUCUUUAACCAAACUGGAAACCAGACAAAUAUUGAGAAGUUCCAUCAAAAACCAGGAAACAGGGAAAGGAGUCUUGCUCUGAUUUUAUCUUUCAUGGCUCUUGCACUCACAUUCAUCGUUUGUUUAGUUAUGUCGGGUGUCAUUUUCCUUGUGGCGAGGAGCUCGAGGGAAUCAGAGCUAGAUCUAUUAGAGGGGAAGAAAAACAGGCAUGACACGCCUUGCAGCUCGGGUGGAUCAUCGCCAUGGCUAUCGGGUAAAAUCAAGGUCAUUCGCCUUGACAAAUCAACGUUCACCUACUCUGAUAUCUUGAAAGCAACCAGCAACUUCUCCGAGGAACGAGUCAUAGGCAGAGGCGGAUAUGGAACCGUAUACAGAGGGACACUGCCCGAUGGAAGACAGGUUGCUAUCAAGAAGCUGCAAAGAGAAGGAACUGAAGCAGAGAAAGAGUUCAGAGCCGAAAUGGAAGUUCUAAGCGCCAAUGCAUUCGGUGACUGGGCACACCCGAACCUUGUAAGGCUAUACGGAUGGUGCCUUGAUGGAUCGGAGAAACUCCUAGUGUAUGAAUACAUGGAAGGAGGAAGCCUAGAGGAGCUCAUCUCAGACAAAACAAGGCUUCCAUGGAAGAAACGGAUCGAUAUAGCCAUGGAUGUAGCACGAGCUUUAGUUUUCUUACACCACGAAUGUUACCCUUCCGUUGUUCACAGAGAUGUGAAAGCAAGCAACGUUCUUUUGGACAAAGAUGGAAAUGCAAGAGUGACGGAUUUCGGACUGGCUAGGCUCGUAGAUGUCGGGGAUAGCCAUGUGAGCACCGUGAUUGCAGGCACGGUCGGGUAUGUAGCUCCCGAGUAUGGACAAACAUGGCAAGCAACAACCCGAGGAGAUGUUUACAGUUACGGGGUAUUGAUAAUGGAACUUGCAACGGGGAGAAGGGCGGUUGAUGGAGGCGAAGAAUGUCUGGUUGAAUGGGCGAGACGGGUAAUGACGGGUAACAUUUCAACCAAAGGUUCGCCAUUUACGCUUCUCGGGACAAAACCCGGGAACGGGGCAGAGGAACUGAGUGAACUACUAAAAGCCGGUGUGAAGUGUACGGCAGAACAGCCUCAAGCUCGGCCUAACAUGAAAGAGGUUCUGUCUAUGUUGGUGAAUAUAUCAGGAACAAGAGAUGAUUUCUACAUUGGAUUGUCUUCACCUGAAGACAGAGACAUCACCAAGGGUUAACCAACCACAAGGAAAUGUAACAUUUUCCCGAGGUUUCUUUCUUAUUCUUCUUCUUUCAUAUUUAACAUUGUUUGGUAUACUAGUACUAUACAUAACAGAGUUUUCUCCUCUUCUUCUUCUUUUUUUUUUUGGUUGCUUCUUAUUCUUCUUGUACACAGAUUGGCAAGAUUUGUUCCAUCUUGUACAGUGAAAAACAGUUUGUUAUAAGAAUCUUCUCUUUUCCCCU